GAUGAAGGUUUGAGGGAGCGUGCAGCACGUCAGAGGGAUCCCUAAAAUAUCUGGUUUUCGUGUGUUCUGUGUGAUUGCUGUGCAAGCUGGAGAUGACGGAGCUCAGGCAGAGGCUGAUCAGGGAGGAGGAGGAGGCUGACGAUAAGGAGAAGGAAACAGAAUCUGAAGCAAAGACAGAUGGAGAGACGGCCUCAGAUAGUGAAAGUAAGACAGACACUGGGGGGACACAGCAAGGGACUCCUACUGAUGACACACCAGAGGUUCUCAAUCGGGCUCUGUCAAACAUGUCAUCCAGGUGGAAGAAUUGGUGGAUCAGAGGCAUCCUUACACUGGCUAUGAUCUCCUUUUUCUUUUUCAUCAUCUACUUGGGACCAAUUGUGCUUAUGAUGAUUGUGAUGUGUGUGCAAAUCAAGUGUUUUCAGGAAAUUAUCAUGAUCGGUUACAAUGUCUACCAUUCCUAUGAUCUGCCCUGGUUUCGCACGCUCAGUUGGUACUUUCUGCUGUGCGUGAAUUACUUUUUCUAUGGAGAGACUGUCACGGAUUACUUUUUCACACUGGUCCAGCGAGAGGAACCCUUGAGAAUUCUAAGCAAAUACCAUCGCUUCAUCUCCUUUGCUUUCUAUCUAAUCGGCUUCUGCAUGUUUGUUUUAAGCCUAGUGAAGAAGCACUAUCGCCUGCAAUUCUACAUGUUCGGAUGGACACAUGUCACUCUGCUGAUUGUUGUCACGCAGUCACAUCUUGUCAUACACAACUUGUUUGAAGGCAUGAUUUGGUUCAUAGUCCCCAUUUCUUGCGUAAUCUGCAAUGACAUCAUGGCAUACAUGUUCGGGUUUUUCUUUGGCCGUACUCCUCUCAUCAAGUUGUCUCCAAAGAAGACCUGGGAAGGAUUUAUUGGAGGUUUUUUUUCUACUGUUGUCUUCGGAUUGCUGUUAUCCUAUGUCAUGGCGGGGUACAGUUACUUUGUGUGUCCUGUGGAGUUUAACAAUGACACCAAUCGGUUUACAGUGGACUGUCAACCUUCUGAGCUUUUCCAGCUGCAAGAAUAUCACAUUCCUGCUCUACUGCAGUCUGUCAUCGGAUGGAAGACAAUCUGGAUGUAUCCCUUCCAAAUCCACAGCAUCGCCCUGUCCACAUUUGCCUCCCUCAUUGGACCAUUUGGAGGAUUCUUUGCCAGUGGUUUUAAAAGAGCUUUCAAGAUCAAAGAUUUUGCCAACACCAUCCCAGGGCACGGUGGCAUAAUGGACCGAUUUGACUGCCAGUAUUUGAUGGCCACAUUUGUGAAUGUUUAUAUUGCAAGCUUUAUCAGGGGUCCCAACCCAAGCAGAUUAAUCCAACAGUUCUUAACUCUGCGUCCUGACCAACAAAUACACAUCUUCAACACACUAAAGUCACAUUUAAUGGAAAAGGGAGUUCUGGGAAAUGUAGAAGAAGAAGCAUAACUCCACAUUGUGCACAACAGAGGACACGCCAACUGGCAGAUUGAGGUUGUUCUUUGACGAUACUAGAGGAGAUGCAUUGACCACCUCUUCUGCUGUCAGAGAAGGUUGAAAAAGACUUUAAAAAAAAAAUGAUUUGUGCAUUGUUUUUUUUCCUUUCACCACCUUACGUUUCUUGUUCAUGUAUUCCUAUAUUUCUCUUUUAUGCCUAUCCGAUCCUUUAUCCAGCAGGCUAUCAAGUGUACCAAACUAGGCCCAAACAAUGUGCAGAGAUUAACUAUUGAUAGUUUAUAUGUGUAUUAAUUGCAUACUGCAUUCGUAACUCUGGAAAGGGUAGUGGGCAGAUUUAAUAUU